AUGUCGUCCGAGCCAGUCGCCGACCAGCAGGACGACAUCACGCACGUGCAGGACACCAUGCAGGAAGACGAGCGCCUCGAGCGCGGAGAGGCCGAGACGGUCACCGUCCCUCGCAAGAGGGCCCCCUCGCCCUUCUCCCUCUCCCGGCAAGACUCGCAGCGCCCGUUCGCCUUCAAGCGCAACUCGUCGUCCGGCUUCUCGGCGUUCAUGAAUUAUGCGGCGGCUGCGUCGACCAGCGAGGUUCGCACGAGGCCUGCGACGCCGGCAGAGUCGGCGACGAGGUCGACUUUCGACGAUGCCAUCAGAGCGCUCGCGAUGCCUGUCCCGACAUCCGGCUCCACCGACGACGCGUCUGCUUCCACUUCGACCGCAAUGGACGUCUCUUCGACCUCGGCGCCGUCCCUUCCCAGCGCCAACGGGACAACCGCGGGCGGCAGGUUCGACGAGCGUCCGAAGGGCCAGGGGACCCUCGAAUUGGAGCGCGUCCUGGGGCUGUGGGCUGCAAAGACUCCCACGAACUCGUUCCCCAACUUGCCUCCGCUUCCGAACGCGUCUUCCUCCUCCUCUGCACCUUCGACAAGUCAGCCCCUCUUUGCCCAGUCGGUCGUGACCGCCGAACCCGAGUCGAUCGACUUUGCAACCUCGUCGUCGCAACCUGAGCCCGGAGUCACCUCGACCUCGUUCUCGUCGAUCUUUGUCGACUUUGCAAACCUCGCCUCGCAACAGCCAACGUCCGCCUCGUCGCGCGAUUCGCUCGCACUUCCUCGCGACUUGCCUAGGCGCCAGCGCUCCAAGUCGGAGGCCGACACCAUGCGCUUCGACACGCUCGGAUUCGGGGGUCCCACCGCGCUGGACUUCUCCUCGAGCGCGACGCCCUUCACGCCGACGUCGACCGGCUUCAAUUUCAGUCUCGACUUUGGCGCUCGCUUUCUCCCGACGUUCAAUCAGCAAGCGCCGACGCCGCCCGUCCAAGCGCCGCCCUCUUCUCUCCCUCCCACGGCAGGCUCCGCGGAUAUGCCGUGGCGCCCUCCUUCCGCGCCUUCCGCCUACCCCUUUCCGCCGACGAGCUCGACGGCUCAGACGCAGCCGCUCGUGCUGCAGACAGACCAGCGCGAAUUGCAGCUGCGCGUGCGGACGCCGAGCGGGAUGCAGCGGGGAGCAGGAGGGCCAGGGUACCGCGAAGCGGCGUUGUUGGAUGUCGGUAUGGAUCGUGGGAGGCGUGCGAGGAGUCAGGGUGCUGGACACCGCCGGACGGCCAAGUCGGACGAUUUUACCCACUUGUUCUCGCCUACUACGGCGGCGUUCGCUCAGCAGCAGCAGCAGCAGCAGCAGGCGACGUUCGAGACGUCGAAUGGACACCUUGCGCCGCCUGGCGAAGGUCAGGUUCCCGUCUCGAUGCCUCAGCAGCAGCCGUAUCCCGCUCAAGUCCCGCCUCAGCAGCAGAUCUCCCCUCAUGCGCACCACCUCUCGCCUCAACCGCACCAGCCUCUCCAGCUUCCCCAGCAGUCUCCUCAUCAGCACCACCAGCACCCUUCGCCACAACCGCAGGUCGUCUAUCUCCCGAACGGCACGCCUCUGCCAGUCGCUUACUUCGGCGUCGACCCGGCGGUCGCACAAGCCGUCUCACAAGCAUCUCAGCAGCAACAUCAGCCGUCUCCUUCCCAGCCUCAGCAGCAACUCCAGCCUCCGCCCGGAUACCCUCGCGGUGCGCAGUUCUCGCCGCAAGGGAACGCUCUCGCGCUCGCCGCUGCCCAAGCCGCGCAGGCGCACGCGGCUCAGCAGAUCGCUGCAGCAGCUGCCGCAGCAUUGCAAUUCGCGAACGGUGGUGUCGGUCAGCAGCAGCAACAGCCGCCUCCCCCUCCACCGCCUCAUCAACCCGCACGCCGCAGCAUCGCUGGCGAGCCCUCCCAUUCGACCGAAUACACCGCUGCGCCGCACUCGCAUUCUCACCUUCCGCCUCCGCUACCUCCCCCGCCUGGCCAGCCCAACUUCUUCGGCGGCCCUGACGCACCGCAGCAACGCACGCCGUACAUGUACCAUUCGACGCUGGCGCACGCGACGUUGCCUAGUCCGCCGAUGUCUGCGCGCAACGGGGUCAAGCGUGCGAGGGACGAGGAGGGCUUGGGCGAGGGAGAAGACGAGGACGAGAGCGAGGACGACGAGUUGGUGGAUGAUGAGGAGUACGAGGACGACGAGGAGGAGUAUGGGCGCCCGAGGGGCGGUCAGCGCGCGAAGGGCAAGGCCGUCGCCAAGGGCAAAGCACCCGCCUCGACUUCGAAGCCGAAGACGAAGAAGCCCUCUGCGCCGCGCAAGGUCGCGAGCGGAUCGGGCGGCGAGAACGGUCCGGACGAGUUCACGAAGGAGAGCAAGACGACUCAGGCGACGAUCGAUGCGGCCAAGCGGAGGAGGAACGCGAAUGCGGUCGCCAAGUUUGUGUGCGAGUUGUGCGGCGAGACGUUCACGAGGCGGUACAACCUGCGAGGUCACCAACGAGCGCACAAGGGUGAGAAGCCCUACAAGUGUUCCUAUGAGGGAUGCGACAAGGCCUUUGCACGCGCGCACGACUGCAAGCGCCACGAGCUGCUCCACCUCGGCGUGCGCAAGUACCACUGCUCGCCGUGCAACCGCGACUUUGUCCGCCUUGACGCGCUGCAUCGUCACCACCGCAGCGAAGUCGGCCAGGCGUGCGUGCAAAAGUUGCAGUCCGAGGGCGCCCAGUUCGACGAGCGAGGCGCCAUCGUCGCCGCCGACCUCUAG